CCUCUAAUCUGGGGACGGCAGUGCCGGGGGAAGCCAGAGCCCCCCACCAUGGAAGCCCUAAAGGAAAAAGUGGCUCCGGGUCCGCGAGCCUGAGCGUUUCGCCCAGCCACCCGCCCGCCCCCCAAAAGACGAUGAAGACCCUGGUGCGCCAUGGGCUGGCCGUGUGUUUAGCGCUGACCACCAUGUGCACCACCUUGUUGCUGAUGUACAGUGGGCUGGGUGGCCCGAAGGAGGAGCGGCGGCGGCAGCAGCAGCAGCAGCCCCAGGCCCAGGCCCAGCCCCAGGGGACGGGGACAGCGGUGGGGUCCAGCGGGAAGCCCCCGGCCCAGGGCUCGCUCCAGCGCCCAGCUCCCCCCGCGGACCCUCGCCUGCUCGACGGCUACAUCAGUGUCACGGACCACAAGCCGCUGAAAAUGCAUUGCCGGAGCUGCGCCCUCGUCACCAGCUCGGGGCACCUGCUGGGCAGCAAGCAGGGAGACAAGAUCGACGAGGCCGAGUGUGUGAUUCGAAUGAACGACGCGCCCACCUGGGGGUACGGGAGAGACGUGGGGAACAAGACAAGCCUGCGUGUCAUCGCCCACUCCAGCAUGCAGAGGGUUCUGCGCCACCGCCACGAACUGCUCAACAUGAGUCAGGCCACCGUCUUCAUCUUCUGGGGCCCCGGGAGCUACAUGCGCAGAGACGGGAAAGGUUUGGUCUAUAAUCACCUGCGGUUGAUGAAUCAGAUACUACCUCAGCUGAAAGUCUACAUCAUCACUCGACACAAGAUGAUCCAGUUUGACGAUCUCUUCAAGCGGGAAACAGGCAAGGACAGGAAGAUAUCCAACACUUGGCUCAGCACUGGUUGGUUCACAAUGACGAUUGCUUUAGAGCUCUGUGACAGGAUAAAUGUCUACGGCAUGGUACCCCCCGAUUUCUGCAGGGAUCCUAGUCAUUCUUCAGUACCUUAUCAUUAUUAUGAACCCUUGGGAUCCGAUGAAUGUACGAUGUACAUUUCACACGAGCGGGGACGAAAGGGCAGCCAUCACCGUUUUAUCACAGAGAAACGAGUCUUUGAGAACUGGGCCCGGACAUUCAAUAUUCACUUUUUUCAGCCAGCCUGGAAGCCGGAAUCACUCACCAUAAAUCACCCCGAGAUUAAGCCGGUGUUCUGAGGAAUGAAUGCACAAGACUGCAAUCACAAUCACCUACUGGAUCAGACUUCAGGGUAUUGAACCUCGUAUCCCAGCAAGCCAACCUAAAAAGGAAAGGUUAAUGGGAUUUGUGGAUGAAAACUGCUACAAUAUUCAAGGAGUUACUAUGAAUGAAUGCAUAAGGGGACAUUUUCUAUCAAAUUGUAUCCCAAUCUAAUGUGUGAUUCUGCCAUCUGUCUGACCUAUGUGUGUGUGAUUUGUAAAAAGCAGCCCGCAGUAGUAGAGAUAUGAUUACUGAAGAGCACAUGGCCCAGACUUUCAUAAUGCAAAUCUACAGUAGUUAUUUAUUGAAGGGUUUUUAAAGGCAAUCUAGGCCAGUAUUUUUCUAAAUCAUGACCAUGUGUUCCUAACCCUUGAAGAGUCCUAGUGACGUGUUUCAAUUCGGAAAGAAAAUGGCCCUUGUUGGCUCGCAAUUGAUAUUUGAUCUGCAAAUACUGCACUGCUUUUUUAAAACCCCGAUUUCACUCCUGCAUUUGAUCUUAAACAAAAAGCUUCCUACAUGCUGCUCUACUAAGUCUCUGCCAUUUACAAGACACUGCAAAGUCUCAAAAUUCAAACCAAAAGCAAAUCCCUUCAGGAGAAAUGGAUGUAUGCCUCCAAGAUGUCUGCUCAAGAAUCGUUUCCUUAAGGGGAUGGUGGAGAAUACCCCUCUCUCCAGCUUGGCUACUUUCAUUCAUUCAGUCGUAUUUAUUGAGCGCUUACUGUGUGCAGAGCACUGGGUACUUUGCACUAUGGAGGCCAGGAAAUCUCACUGGGCGGUCUUUCGGUUGUCAAUAACUUCAUUAUUCUUUACCAGUCAGUCAGUAGAAUUUAUUGAGCGCUUACUAGGCGCUUGAGAGAGUUCAAUAUAACAGGCACAGUCCCUGCCCACAGAGAGUCUAGAGGGACUUUGUGGCUUUUAUACUCCCCAUUCCCUCACCCUCUCCCAGUGCUAUUUACAGGCUGCUUCCCCCUCCGGCCCACGUUGCUUUCUGGCCUCCGAUUCUUAAUUUGGUGCCUUCUUGUACCCUUUACUUAUGUGGUGCUCCCAGCCUGCAUCAGCAAGAGAGCAGAUUUCAUUUAACCUUUCCCCAGGAUACGUAGUAUGAGGCAGUACCAAGCCACAUGGCUACCUAAUCCAGGCUGAUUCACCGCAGACUUUCUGUUAUGGCUACCUGGGAGCCGUGCUCCCCAUUGCUGCAGAAGUUUUACAAAUUUGAGGUCUCCAAUCCUUAGGUCAGUUGGCCCUUAGGCAAAAGGCAACAGAAUAUGCUGGCAUCUUCAUCACCUGAAGCUCAGGAGAGACUAGCCACUGUGGUACUCAAGUCGAAGACACUAACAGUACUCCAUAUGGGAGACCCACUGUGUCGGAGGAUUAGAUCCUGGCUUGGGAAUAAAGAGGAUUUCAGCGCUGCCGCUUCUUUCGCCUUCACCUGACAAGUAUGAGCAUUCAAUUCCACAGGCGUAGCGGGGAAUAAUUUCCUUCUUACAGGGUGUGUUGUAGUUGAGUCACGGAAGCAAUCCCGUUAUAAAGAUAAUAAAAAAUAAAAGUGUUACUACUGUCACGUGGCUUGCACUGUUCAAACCCAGUACAAUUUGAGUUGCAUGUCUAGGACACAGUGGGAUGUGACGUUUUAAGUUUUCUGCUGAACGGGAUUUCUUGGAAGUGUGGAAUUUUACAUUAAUGCGCUUAAACGCCUUUGGAGCCGAGCUGUCGAGGGCCUUGAAUAUAUUGUUGAAGUUGGCACUUUCGUUAAACUGAUUUAUGGGUCACCUUUAAUAUCAUUCCAAGAGAUUUUGUUGCCUAGAUUAAAACAGUUCCUGUGACAAUUUAAAAUCUGUAUUUAGGGACCUUUUAAAAACAGUAGUGUUGUGACAUGCAAGAACUUUGCAGCUCUAUUAUCUUAUUAUAGCUCUGUGGCAGCUGCUUCACACCAAAAUGCCCGGGAGCUGGCAUCGAGGUUCAAACGAAUUCGUCUUUUUAAGGUCCCCCGGCAAAACAUUCAAAAAAACACAUACAUUCUGAAUCUCCAUCUUUCAGUUGAGGGUAUUUUUCACUCCCAUUAAGUAGAGGGUGUUUGAUGAUUUUUUAAAUGGCAUUUACUAAGUGCUUACUAUGUGUCAGGCACUGUACUAAGCAUCGACGUAGA